AAUGAAACCCAGAGGUCACCAGUCAAUAUUUUCUCUCUCAAACUUUUUUUAAGGGAGAAAAUAAAAUGAUCCCAUGAGAUCUGCUGCAAGAAAAAGUAGGAGAGCUAGCCCUCAACAAAAGAAUAAAAAUGGAUGUUUCUCAGCUGCAAACACAGUUGGUUGACUACACAGCCUCACUGUUUCAUGAGGGAUUUUUGGAUGAGCAGUUUAACCAACUUCAGCAACUUCAGGAUGAAAGCAAUCCAAAUUUUGUUGUCGAAGUUGUUUCUCUUUUCUUUGAAGAUUCUGAGAGGCUUCUCAAUGAACUAACCAAAGCUCUGAGCCAGGAGAAUAUAGAUUUCAAGAAAGUUGAUGCUCACGUUCAUCAGUUGAAAGGCAGUAGCUCAAGCAUUGGAGCACAGAGGGUUCAAAAGGUGUGCAUUAGCUUCCGAGGUAACUGCGAGGACCAGAACGUUGAAGGGUGUAUCAAAUGUCUGCAGCAAGUGAAGCAUGAGUACUCCCUAGUGAAAAACAAGCUUGAAACUCUGUUCAAGCUUGAACAACAGCUUUUGGCUGCGGGUGGGUCAAUUCCAGUGUACUGAACUGCAGCAAAUAAUAAAGCCUUAUCAUCUGCAAAAGUUGAAUGUUAGCUUUGUAGAGGAAUUUUCUGUCCUUGUUUGUCUUUCUUUCAAUUUUUAUAAGUACAUUUUUUUUGCAUAUUGAAGGCCUCUAUA